CGCGCGCGCCGUGUGUGCCAGUAAGAAUACUGGUUGAGAAGGGCUUUGCGGGGAGGGCGGCUGGUGCUUUCAGGCUGAGUCGUUAUGAGUUUCCUAUUGCCCAAACUAAGCAGCAAAAAGGAAGUGGAUGAGGCGAUCAAGAGCGUGGCCGAGAAAGUCCUGGUGCUUCGUUUUGGUAGAGAUAAGGAUCUUGUCUGCUUGCAGCUGGAUGAUAUUCUUGCAAAAACAGCUCAUGAUUUAAGUAAAAUGGCUACAAUUUACUUGGUGGAUGUAAACAAGGUGCCAGUAUACACCCAGUACUUUGACAUCAGUUAUAUUCCAUCAACAGUCUUCUUUUUCAAUGGGCAGCAUAUGAAAGUGGAUUAUGGAUCUCCAGAUCAUACUAAAUUCAUCGGAAGUUUCAAAACAAAACAAGACUUUAUAGAUCUAAUUGAAGUGAUUUACCGUGGAGCAAUGCGUGGAAAACUCAUUGUCCAAAGUCCAAUUGAUCCUAAGAAUAUUCCUAAAUAUGAUCUCCUCUACCAGGACAUUUAAUGACCCAACUGAAGACUUAUCAAUCCAAACCUUCUUCAAGUGUGUGACAACAUUUAUGAUCAGAGGAAAGAAGAGAAUUCAGACUUUUUAUCCUCAGAAUCAUAUUGGUUAGUAAUUACAAGAUAGAUCUUCUGUCAUGAGUUAACUGGAAUAGUCAUUUGCACUAUUAAAGAAACUGAACUGUUAUAUGGAAAUAUCAAAUAAAUACUUUCAGGCUGUU